AUGUCCAAGUCUUGCAAAGGUUUGGCCGCUGAGCUAGUCAAGUGUCUCGGUGAAUCUGAUUGUAUUAAGGUUGAGAAGCGAUCAUAUAGGGAAUGUGUUGGAGAGAAGAGUCCAUGUAUACCCAGUGAAUGUGUGGGACUCAGGGAAACCUAUUUCAAUUGCAAAAGAGGCCAGGUUGACAUGAGAACUAGGAUUCGUGGAAACAAGGGCUAUUAA